UUAAUCGUCCCCGUCUUCCCCCUUUAAUUUUUUUUUCAUUGCCCCCAACUCAAAUAUGGGGAGUCAUCCUUCUAGGAAAACCUGCUGUAGCUCUCGUCGGCUCCACCCUUGCAGACUGUUUCCCAUGAGCCGCCACUCAUUCCAGGUCCUGCAGGCAAGCAGUGGACAUACAGUCGCUGGAAUUAUGAACAAGCCCUGAACUCAGGAGCGACGUGAACUUCCAAAGUGAAACAAAGCCUCAUCAACUUUCACUGAUCUCCUUCCUGAUCAUGGGGAAGGUCUAUUCCAUCAGUAAGAAUGUGGGACUUGGACUACUCGUGUUAGCUUUUAGCGCUCUGGUGACCAUCAUAGCUCUGUCUAUCGCCUAUGACAAGGAGAGAGCCAAGAAUCUAAGCAGUCCUGGAGACCAAGCCGCGGUUAACAGCGGCACCCCAAAUCCAACCCCUGUAGUCUCAAACUAUCCAUGGGACCAGUACAGACUCCCUUCUGCUCUGGUCCCCACAUCCUACAAUGUGACGCUGUGGCCUCGCCUGGAGCCCAACGCAGACGGCCUCUUCAUUUUCACCGGACACUCAGAGGUGGUCUUCAUCUGUCUCCAGGCCACUGACCUGGUCCUCAUCCACGCCAGCAAGCUCAACUUCACCACCUUCAACGGGCAUCACGCCCUGCUGAGCGACCUGUCUGGAGCCUGGAUGCCGCCCGUCCGGAAGUCUUGGCUGGUGGCAGAGACAGAGUACCUGGUCCUGGAGCUGAGCGGCAGCCUCACAGAAGGGGCGUCCUACGUCUUGCACACUGAGUUCCUCGGAGAACUGGCAGACAACCUGGAAGGAUUCUACAGAAGCGAAUACUUUCAGGAUGGCGUGAAGGAAGUGGUUGCCACUUCUCAGAUGCAAGCCACCUACGCCCGGAAAGCCUUCCCCUGCUUCGACGAACCCGCCAUGAAAGCAGUCUUCAACAUCACCAUUAUCCAUGACCGUGACAAAGUGGCUCUGUCCAACGCCCGUGAAAUAGACGUUAGAGAUAUGGUCAUGGACGGUGUGGCAGUUCUAGUCACGACGUUCGAGCCCACGGCGAGGAUGUCCACCUAUCUGCUGGCCUUUCUCGUCUGCGACUUCGCCUAUGUUGAGUCCCACCAACAGAAUGACGUGCAGGUGCGGGUGUGGGCUCGGAGAAAGGCCAUUGCCGACGGACAUGGCGACUACGCUCUCAAUGUCACUGGGAAAAUUCUUCAGUUCUAUGAGCGAUACUACAAGGCACCGUACCCACUACCCAAGUCAGAUCAGGUGGCUCUGCCUGACUUCAAUGCCGGUGCUAUGGAGAACUGGGGCCUCGUAACCUACAGGGAGACUGCUCUACUCUAUGACCCGGAGAGAUCUUCGGCGGGAAACAAACAGGGAGUGGCCACCGUCAUCGCACACGAGCUGGCGCACAUGUGGUUCGGCAACCUGGUGACCAUGCGCUGGUGGAACGAUCUGUGGCUCAAUGAAGGCUUUGCGUCCUACGUGCAGUACCUGGGAGCGGACUAUGCCGAGCCAACGUGGAACAUUAAAGACCAGAUCAUUUUGGAUGACCUCCAGCACGUCUUCAAUCUGGACGCACUGGCUUCCUCUCACCCUCUGUCCCGGCGAGAAGACGAGGUGAACACACCUGCUCAGAUCAGCGAGAUAUUCAACACCAUCUCCUACAGCAAGGGGGCGGUGGUGCUCAGGAUGCUGUCCAGGUUUCUCAGUGAGCCGGUGUUUGCCCAGGGACUGAGUUCUUACCUCAACACAUUUGCGUUCGGCUGCACCGUGUACAAAGACUUGUGGGACCAUCUCCAAAAGGCGGUGGAAGACACUCCAGCCUUGAGUAUCCCGCACACGGUCCACGACAUCAUGCACCGCUGGACUCUACAGAUGGGCUUCCCGGUGGUGACUAUCAACACCAAAACCGGACGCGUCACCCAGAAGCACUUCCUGCUGGAUCCGGAGUCGGUGGUGGACAGGCCCUCGCAGUUCAAUUAUACGUGGUUUGUGCCCAUUAAAUGGACGAAGACAGGAGUUGAGCAGCAACAGUAUUGGCUACUCCAUAAGACAGACAGCAACCCUCAAAUGAAAGCCUCUGGACUCAACUGGGUGCUGGCCAAUAUCAACGUGUCGGGGUACUUCAGGGUCAACUAUGAUACAGACAACUGGAAUCGCCUCAUCUCUGUGCUGGAAACAAACCAUCUGGCCAUUCCCAUCGCAAACCGAGCUCAGAUCAUCGACGACGCCUUCAAUCUUGCACGAGCCAAAAUGGUGGACAUCACAUUGGCCCUGAGGACCACCAAGUACUUGUCCAAGGAGACACAAUACAUCCCUUGGCAGUCGGCGUUGCGAAACCUCAACUUCUACUACCUCAUGUUCGACCGCACCGAAGUCUACGGACCCUUACAGGCGUACACCAGGAAGCUUAUCCAACCACUUUUUGAGUACUUCAAGAGGAUUACACACAACUGGACUAUGAUACCUGAAGGAAUCACCAACCAGUACAAUCAAAUCAACGCCGUGGGAGUGUCUUGCAUGGUGGGCGUGCCGGCCUGCAGGGACCUUAUCAAAAGUUGGUUCAAACGCUGGAUGGACCAUCCGGAACACAACCCGAUCCAUCCCAACUUGAAAAGCAUGGUGUACUGUAGAGCUGUGGCAUUGGGCGGCGCGGAGGAAUGGAACUUUGUCUGGAAGAUGUUCAAGAACACCACGCUGGCGUCCGAGGCCUCCAGGCUCAGGUCAGCCUUGGCCUGUACCAAACAACCAUGGCUGCUCAACAGGUAUCUAGAAUACACGCUGGACCCGAAUAAGAUCCGCAAGCAGGACACCACCUCCACCAUCGUGAGUGUGGCCCACAACGUGGUGGGCAUGCCUCUGGCCUGGAACUUUGUCAGGGCACAAUGGAAAAAGCUUUUCCAACAAUAUGGAAAAGGAUCGUUUGUCUUCUCUACGCUCAUCAGUGGGGUCACCGCACGGUUCUCCACAGAGUUUGAGCUGCAGGAGCUGCGGCGAUUCAAGGAAGACAACCUGGCGGUGGGCUUUGGCUCGGCUACCCUGGCGUUGGAGCAAGCCAUGGAGAGGACCUCUGCCCAGAUCAAAUGGGUGACGGAGAACAAAGGCCGACUUCUGGACUGGUUCUCUGGGUAUUCCAUGUGAAAGGGGGUGGGGGGGAGGCAGGAAUGAUUCUUCUCACCUUUUUGGGCUAUAAUCAUUGGAAUGCCUAAGUGGACAUCUGCAAUCACCACGCCAUGUUGUUAUCCACCUUUUGUCUCAGCUGAUGGUGCAGAAUAAAUACAUAGGAUAAUGCCUUUGAUGCAAAAAGUGUUAUCAAAGAGCCUCAUAACACUAUUGUGCAUCCUUAAAAUGCUCUUUUUCCCCCCCCCUUCAUGGGCUCAUAUUCGGAUCGUGUGCUGCAUUCAAGAAAAGUGGAGAAGCAGGAAAGUCAUCACGAGGUAGUACGGUAGUACUUAAAAAAAAAAAAACAUUCAAAUACAUUUCUGUACAAUGAUGAUAUAGUGAUUCUAUAGUAUAUAUAUUGUAGCACAAGUUGUGAUCAAUGGCAGUAUAACCUAUAAAUACAGCUCAAGAAUUUUACACUAACACAUUUAUUACAUUUGUUAAAUAAGUGCCUGCAAAAAUAGAGAAAAUAUAUAGAGAAACUGAACUAUUAAGCCCAUUAUUUUGAGGUCUGGAAUUUCCCAACUGUCACAAUCACACCAUUGCUUUUCAUGGACCUUAUUGAUGUAUGAUUUAUAGCAGGCGUGGUCAAUUAAAAGUCCAGGUAUAUGUCUUUGAAGUCCUCGGGAACAUCGUUAUGUACAUGAUGCAUUAUAAUUCACUCCCAGAUAGAAAAAAAAAAUUCAAUAAAAAAAUAAAAAAGAUUAUAUAGUCGUUGCCAGCAUGGUGGGUGACUGGUUAGCACAUCUGUCUCACAGUUCUGGGGACCUGGGUUCAAAUCCCGGCCCCGCCUGUGUGGAGUUUGCAUGUUCUCCCCGUUCCCGGGUGGGUUUUCUCCUGGCAGUCCGGUUUCCUCCCACAUCCCAAAAACAUGUGUGGUGGGUUGAUUGGAGACUCUAAAGUGGCCGUAGGUGUGAAUUUGAGUGCGAAUGCUUGUUUGUUUCUGUGUGCCCUGCGAUUGGCUGACGACCGGUUCGGGGUGUACCCUGCCUCCUGCCUGAAGAUAGCUAGUGAGGAUAAGCGGUAAAGAAAAUGGAUGGAUAUAUCGUAGUUCCACAAUAUUUCGUUGAUUUUCACACUAAUAAAACAUUUCAAGCUUUAAAAGCUGAUUCGUCGUUAAUGAUUGAAGGGUUUAUAUAAGGUCAACGAGAUGUUAUCUCCCAAACUGUGUUUUUUAAGAUUUUUGAUGCCUAUUUUAACAUAAUUUUACAUCAGAAACAAAUGUAAUGAGAUGAUGUGUGACAAAAAUAUACUGUCUGUACAUGUUAUA